CCUAGCCGCUUGACGAUAUCAGUUACACAGUGUACUCGCCAGGGGAGUCAGUCGACCGUGGAAUACGUUAAUAUCCUCCGGUAUCGCUUUACAUAAGCAGGAUCGGUUUUUUCACUGCAGAACCCUUUUACUUUUUUUUCUGCUUUGGUAGACCUUUCCAACAUUCUAUAUUACAUGUGGAUUUACUAGUGAUUUCGAAAUUUCAUGUAAUUCAACAAAAUUGCAUGUCAAUUUUAUGCACCUACUCGGGUUCUGUUCGCCAUCGUCCACAUUGCAAGAGUUCUGAUAAUACUAUUCGCAGGCCUAAGAAAAAAAGGAUGCCAUUGAAGCUCGAAGUUGCCUUGGAUGAAGACAUCCUUGAGCUCAUCAGAGUCAAAUGGAGGGCCUUUGAGAACCCGCCCCAAGGCAUCCUGCGAAUUUUUUACCCUAUCAUCGAUAACGACUAUGAGAAGAGUAUCAAGAUAGCUGCAGAAAAAGAACUGGCCGAGUAUCGAGAAAAAAGACCAGAAGUGAUGUAUGUCAAGGUAAUUGACACGGAUAAUGGAAACAAGAUCGUUGGCGGCUCCAAAUGGUGGUUUUACCAACGUAAUCCUUUUGAGAACAAUGACCAGCCUGCAGAGGCAGCCUGGUAUCCAGAAGGAAUUGCCAGGAGAUAUGUGACGGAAGCGAUGCACCAAGCCGAGGCGGGACACCAUAGGAUGGCACAACGGCCACAUGCAUAUCUCAACAUCGCCUUUACCGAUCCCGAUUACCAGCGUUGCGGCGUCGGGCAGCUCUUUCUGGAAUGGGGCAUCAAAAGGGCUGAUGAGCUGCAGCUAGAAUCGUGGGUAGACUCCAGCGCUGCCGGGUUCAAGCUGUACCAGAAAAAUGGCUUUAUCAAGGUCGCCGAUGGUGGCUAUGGCCCGAUUAAACCCGAGGGAUUGACAGCGGAGGAGGAAGCAAAAUGGGCCGAGCUCGAGGCCCUGAUUCCGCCGACGGCGCAUCCGGUGAUGUGGCGACCACUUGGGGGAAAAUAUAUCGAAGGGGAGACAGUCAAGCCUUGGGAGACGUAGAUCCGUGUUCAUUCAGUCACAAGUUCGGAUACAAGGAAGAAUCAAACAUAGCAGUGGUGGCAAAACAUUGGUCAUGUUGAUUCGCGCAAAGAAUAUAAUCUUCUCGCACUCGGAGAGUUGGAAAAUGAAAGCAUUGGGUAGAAUAGAGUUAAGGAUCAGGCAGUUAAGGAAUUGGCCCCUAGGAAAGCAGAAUGCAACUAUAGUAGUACACACUACACCUUCGCUAUGAAAGAAUAAUAAUAAUUGAUAUGAAUCUAUAGGAGACACGUGAUCCCCUAGAGGCUUGGCCGGAUCAACUCUUCAGCCCCUGAAGGCUUUACCCAUUAGUGAGUGAGAAGAAGCGGUCAAGAUAGUCGAUAGAGUCGUCCAUAG